GUAUUGGUGUACCUAAAGCAAAAAAAAUGGAGAGUGAAAUCGAUUUUAUUGAUAGUAGAAAAGCUAGUGCAGCUUUCAAAAGAACUUCAAAACAAUUCACUCAUGUUCCUGCAACAUUCGAAGAAGCCAUCACAGCUACGGAAUUUGGCAAAUACAACGUUAUGUUGGCCAUUUUGGUGAUGUUGGCCAGUUUUGGUGCCGUAUUGGACACUUCUACAAUGUCAUAUACUUUUGUGGCUGCUCAGUGUGAUCUAGAACUGUCUUUGAGUGAUAAAGGGUUGUUGAAUGCUGUUACUUACGCAGGAAUGAUCACGAGUGCCAUGCUGUGGGGUUUCCUUUUCGAUGUUCUAGGAAGGAAACAACUAUUAAUUCUAGGAUUUUUAGUAGAUGCAGUUUUUGUGUUUACCAGCGCUUUUUCCCAAAGCUUGCUUCUUUUAUUGAUAACAAAGUACCUGCAAGGAUUAAUAAUUAAUGGUCCAUUUGCCGCUCUAAGUUCCUACAUAUCGGAAUUCCAUUGUGCCAAGUACAGACCUAUUUUCCAAAUGAUUAUUGGCACUUCUAUAAGCUUAGGCCAAGUGUUGCUGCCUUGCUUAGCUUGGUUGGUAUUGCCUCAACCUUUAGAUUUUACUUUGAUUAAUUUGAAUUUCCAUUCCUGGAGCGUAUUUUUGCUGAUAACUGGUCUUCCUGCAUUUCUCAGUGGAAUUGUGUUCACAUUUUGCCCGGAAAGUCCCAAAUUUUUGAUGACUUGCGGUGAAAACGAAAAAGCUUUGGAAAUUUUCAGGAAAGUUUAUAGCGUCAAUACGGGAAAUCCUCCAGAAUCUUAUCCAAUUAAAAGUCUAUUAGACGAAACAAAAGUCAGCAUGGACGGUAGUCAUGUGACAGCCCACAGAUCGAAAGGCCAAGCCCUUAGAGAAGGCUUCCAGCAAAUCAAGCCAAUAUUUUUCAAGCCUCAUCUAUCUAAAAUAUCGCUGACAUGCGCCAUGAUGUUGUUUAUUGUCAUGAGUCAAAACAUGUUACGUUUAUGGCUCCCUCAAAUCUUCCAAAUCAUCACCGACUAUCAACUAGUCCACGAAGAGUCGGCAAAUUUAUGUACCAUGCUCGAAAGUGGCACUUUGAAGCCUUCAAAUGCAACUCUAGCCGAAGAAUGUGUCGUUAAUAACAACAAUUCUAAAGUUUAUAUCAACUCGAUUAUAGUGGGGUGUACUGCAAUGAUUGGAAAUGCUUUAGCUGGCACUCUUAUCAGGUUUAUAGGCAAAAAGAAGAUUUUGUUGGCUGCUCUUACUACUGCAGGCAUAUUUAGUGUGUCGAUGUAUUUUGCAAGCUCCGAAGAACUGGCUGUAGCUUUUUCUUCAAUAUUCAUUGCAUGUGGAUCUGUAGCGAAUAACGUUAUGGUAUCUGUAACCGUCGACCUGUUCCCGACAACUUUAAGGACUAUGGCUAUAGCUGUGGGAAUGAUGAUUGGUAGGACAGGAGCUAUGGCAGGAAAUUUCGUGUUUCCCUAUUUAUUGGCAAGUGGCUGUGAACCUCCAUUUUUUGUCGUCGGUGCCUUUAUGAUUGCUGCCGCCCUUGUAUCUCUACUGAUCCCAAAUACUGAUAUGAAGGCACUAACAUGAAAUGACUUUUGUAUAUUACCUAAUACAGUUCCUAUUUUUAUUAGAAUUAUGUGAUCCAGAUAAAUUAAAUUUUGGAAACGUU